UAGGAUGCGCCAAACGCAGAAGAAAGCGCCGUGAGAGCUAUUAGAGGUAACAAGCGGCAGAAGUGCGCGGCGCAAUUUGGAGUUUGAGGACACAGAGUUGUGAGAGGCGCAUAUACAUCUCUGGAGAAGUUCUUACCAUUUCCAUGGCGCUUCAGUAGUUCAGGCCGUUAAAAAGGCAUGUAAAGAAGAGGACAUAAAUCCUAAAUUACCAGGAGCGAUGGCAUCUUACCACGGCUUAGAGGGUGACGCAAUGGCCCUGAUGGUGCACGACACCAACGCGGUGAAGACUGAGGAGUUCGUAAAGGACGAACCGGUCCGGACCGAGGCGAGCUCGGAGAAAGCGGACCCGUCCCAGAAGCCGCCGUACUCGUACGUGGCCCUCAUCGCCAUGGCCAUACGCGAGAGCUCGGAGAAGCGCCUGACCCUGUCAGGCAUCUACCAGUACAUCAUCAACAAGUUCCCUUUUUACGAGAAGAACAAAAAGGGCUGGCAGAACAGCAUCCGCCACAACCUGAGCCUGAACGAGUGCUUCAUCAAAGUGCCGCGCGAAGGUGGCGGAGAGCGCAAGGGGAAUUACUGGACGCUGGACCCGGCGUGCGAGGACAUGUUUGAGAAGGGAAAUUACCGGCGCCGGCGGCGGAUGAAGCGGCCGUUCAGGCCUCCCGCGGCUCAUUUCCAGCCCGGCAAGUCUCUGUUCGGCGCAGACGGCUACGGUUACCUGUCGCCACCUAAGUACAUGCAACCGAGCUUCAUGAACAACGCUUGGCCGCUCCCUCAGCCUCCUCCUCCGCCGCCACCGCCGCCCAUGUCGUCCUACGCGUCGUGCCAGAUGGCGAGCGGCGACGUAGGUACCAUCAACGUGAAAGCCCUUUCCUCCGCGUCCUAUAACCCGUACUCCCGCAUGCAGGCCAUGGGCCUUCCGAGCGUCAUGAACUCGUAUAACGGCAUGAGCCAUCACCAGCACCAGGCGCAGCAGCUAAGCGGAGCGCCGUCCGCGCCUUCACCCGUACCAGGCAACAAUGCGGCGGGGCUCCAGUUCGCCUGCGCCGCGCGUCAGCCCACCGACCUCUACUCGUACUGGGACCACGAAGCCAAGCAUUCAGCUUUGCACUCUCGGAUUGACAUUUAAGCGGAAACGAGAGGCACAAAACUGGAAACUGCUUGACGACUCAGUGUUGUGAACGUUUUCUAGGCCGCCUGGGAGGUCUCUUUUUACAUUUCUUUUCCUCUCGAGACUCACACGGAAUAGAAACAGAGUAGCUCCGAAGAAAGCAAAAAAAAAAAAAUUCCCUGGGUUGGAUUAAGCCUUGUAGAGCUUCAGUUGAUAGAUGCAGAUGUUCAUUUAUCAUUAUGCGUAAUUCAACACUGAAAAAAAUUGGCUCUGAAGUGCAGAUCUCGCUUAAAAAGGGUCUCGCCUGCACACUUAUAAUUUCAAUGUCAAAUUAGCUUUCACAGCACAGAAUAAACACUUGCAUUUUUUUUACUUACAACAACAAAGAUGAAUGAACUUUCACAGGGCCUCUCUGUGUCCAGAUGGGCUGAUAUGAGCACAGAGCGCGUUCAUUCGCAGACAAUUUGUAUGAUUUUUAGUUUUCGGCUCGUGUAGCCUACAGUGCGCCCAUGCAGAUAUAAAACUCUAAGACAAAAACACAGCCCUUAAGUCACUGUGUAAAAAUGAGCUGUGUAAAAUUAACUUCAUCCAGUGUUUUAAAAUGAAGCUGAGUGUGUUUAUAUGAUUAUUGUGAGCCCUAACGUAGCCCCAGUCUGUUGUUUACUCCAUCCAGUGUAGAUUAGUCCUGUAGAAUACUGACAUAAUAGCUUUUUAGAUCCUUGAAAAUUAAUCUCUGUUUUUUAAAAAAAUCACCAGACCAGACCUCUUUUCGUUGAUAUAUAUUUUUUGAUACUUUACUGAAAUAUUGACAUUGUUGGGACCAUGUUAAAUCGGCACUUAUUUUAAAUAAAAUACUUUGGUGAAAUAUUUCUUUGUAGAUUAAUAUUCUGGAUGUGCAUAAAUAGUAAAUAGCCAUCAGGCCAGUCUUAUAAAUAUUCUUAUAAGUUAUAGUGAAGGUAUAGUGAGCCAAAAAUACUAAGAUUAUUUGUUUUUCGUAAAAAAAAUAUAUUUUUUAAAAUGUGUAUUUGAACAGAGAAUGCGUUUUGACUGUAUAGUAAGUAGACCAUUGGAGUCUUUUAGAGAUUGCUGACAACCGUUCAGUAUACUUUCUUUAAAAUAUGUAGUAAUUGCGGAACUAACGACACACAGACAUUUUCAAUCGUAUUAAAACAGUUAUAUUUGACAUAUUAGAGAUAUAAAUUGUUUUCGCGCAUUUUAAUAAAACGUCAAAUUACAUCUGCAUGGUUUUAAAAUGUCGGAUAUUCUACAAACUCGAACAUUAUAAGCUGUUAUAUAAAUAUAGCAUCUGUGCUGUUUUGACGUUUCCUUCUAAGGCUAAGAUAAAUUAUUUUUUUUUUUUUAUUUUAGUGAAAGGUUUUCUUUGCAAUUUAAACAUCAUACACGCACUUUUCAGUUUUCAAAAACAGUGCAAAAGUUUAAUAUGUAAAGCGAGGAAGCAAAUAAAUAUACUAUAAAACUAUAUAAAUUAUGUAUAUAUUGAUUGUGAGGCUAACCGUAAAUAAAUGCAAAUAUGACAAAAAUAUUUUUUUCCCCCUAAAACAAUAAUUACCUAAUAGUCUUGCAUGACAAAUCGUGCAAUAAAUAUUUCAAGUGAAAAUCAUCUCCAUAUGGAUUUGGGCGCUGGCAGUAGUUAUACAGUAGCUAGGUUUAAAGAACACUGCUAAAGGCAUAAACAAAUUGUAAAUAAAGCUGUCACUAGACUUUUUAGGUCAGAUAAGGGACAAACCUAUACUGGAAAUGGAUGGGAGGAAAAAUCUGUUGUACAAGCUGUUACUUGGUUAACAUAUUUGAUUGUAGGCCUUGUGGCUUGUGCCCUGCGACUGUAAAUGUGGGAAAGGGAAAUAAUUUUAAUGAACGUUUUUGCGCAUUUCACAUAGGGAAGUUGUUAGCUAAUUAGUCUUAUGGAAUAUAUAUAUACAUUUUUUAAAAAUGAAAUUAUGUUGACUUGGCAUAUACUAGAGUAUAUUUUAAGCAGGAAAAUUUGGUCUAAUAAGGAGUUAUAUAUAUAAAAGUCUGUACUGCUUAAAUAGCGCAAAUGUUAAUUAAAAUGCCGAAAUAAGAAUAUAGAGAAAAACAUGGCGGAAUCAAAAUAUAAAUAUAUAUCUUGACUUGCGUUUAAGCUCGACAGAAAAAUUAGGCUGAAACUAAGGUUUAUUAACCCUUUAUAGACCAACUGUUAUUUGAAUAUUGCAGGCCUGUUUUUUAAUAGAGUUUUUUUUAUAUAAAAAUCACAAUUAGCAGUUUAUUUGUUUAAAAAGCAAGAAAACUAGAAAGAAAGAAAGAAAGAAAGAAAGAAAGAAAGAAAGAAAGAAAGAAAGAAAGAAAAUAAGAAAGAAAGAUAGCACCAUUCCUCAAGGUCAACGUCAAAGUUUACCACUCCACUGGGCCCUUUAUUUUUGUUAUAUGGUUAAAAGGAGUCCAUGUGACAAAUGAUUAUGAAAUGAUUAUCUUAUAUAUGAGGUUGAACUCUUUAAAAUGUGUGUGUGUGGGGGGGGGGGGGGGGUAUGGGUUCUGUUUUCUAUUGGAUAUAAAGGCAUAUAGUUUAUAUAAUUGCUUGUCAUAUUCUGGGUCAGGUCAGACGUCAGUGCGGUCUGUUUACAUGCAUUUGAUCAUUACUGAUCAUUUUAUUCGGAAAGUACCAUGUUUACACUGGCAUUUGUCAUUAUUCUUCAAACAGAGCAUCAAAACAAACGCGAAAAUCCAUAACCUGCAACGUCGUCAGUGCAGAUCUGGAAAUGUAUUUACGGAGCACGUGCUGUAAACAAAUUCUUAAGAGAAAAUGUCAGUAAACGUAAACAAAUUCGUAAGAAUUUGCGUAAAAAUCCAGCAUUGGUUGUGACAGUGAUGUCGGGUUGCUAGAUAUUUCUAUAUUCUAUAUUUUAUAUUUCUAGCUCCUAAUAAAAAUUCCACUACUUACUGUGGAUUUUUAACAGAUCCUAUGUUUUAAUUUAGGAAAUCACGAGCACAUGCAAAAUUGCAAAUAAACAAUUUGCAAUUGCGUCUGUAAUAAUUCCCAUUACUAUGCAUAAUUAUAUUAAUAACACAACACACAUUCGUCUGCUGCUGCAAAAUAUUUUAGUCCUCAAUUUAUUUAUUUAUUUAUUUAUUUAUUUAUUUAUUUAUUUAUUUAUUUAUUUAUUUAUCUAAACAGAACAUUUUACUAUUUAGCAGAGUCGGGUUUUUUUCUUUUCUUUCCUUUCUGCCUGUCAUGGAAUUAUAAUAGAGUUGAACUCUGAAGCUUUCACCCCGAAUCCAUUGAAAUAAAAGAAUGGGGGUCAUCACUAUUUACAGUACAAUAAACACUGAUCGGAAUGCAGGCUUCUCCCUGGCUUCUGCAAGUCCGGGAAUUGUUCAAUAUUACUGAAGAGAAACUUUCCAAAAUUCUCAAAUCACAUUUGUUGUCCAAAAAAAAUCGCUUACAUAAGAUAACUUCUCUAACUGACCCCUGACUAAUACAGGAUCAUCAGUGUAUCCGGGCAAACACUAGGGCAUAGAAGAAUUACGUGUAUUGUGCAAUUAUAUGGACAUAUAUUUUUUGCAUUUUAAUAUUUUGGCAUUUCUUAAAAAUAUUUUUGUAAGGAAAUUAUUACAAUUUCACUUCUAAAAUACAGAAUAGCUAAUGUUAUUCUAAAAAACCACAAAUUGUUCCCUAAAUUAAAUUUAAUUCCAGUUUGUUAUAUUAGAAUUUUAUUCUAUUUCGGAACAUUUUAUCGACUUGAACUGAUAUGGAUGAUUGAAAAUAUUCAUGCAUGCAACUCCUGAACUACCCCCCCCCCACACACCCAAAUAUAAUAUUUAUAUUUUUUAUUUCAUAAAAAUAAUAAUGUUGAAAUGUAAUAUUGAUGAUUAUCUUUGGAAUUACUAAAUUAAUCGCUAAUUAAAUUAAUACUUUUUUUUCCAAUAUCAACUAAAUGCAACAAGAGCGCUUUUAGGAAUUUGCAAACGUGAAAUGUUGCACCGUGAAGCACUUUCUAUCUCUAACCGAUAGAGGGCGCCGCUUAUACUGACUUCCAAUAGCGAGUAAACUGUGCAUGCUGCAAACUGCAAAAUUCACCGAGUAUCUGUGAACAGAUCUGGAAAAAUUAACAAACAAACAAACAAAUAAAUAAAUAAAUAAAUAAACGAACGAAUGAAUGAAAAAUAAAUAAAUAAAUAAAUAAAUAAAUAAA